UCUUAUUAGUCAUAAAGUGUUCCCGAUCCCUUCAUCUUCGUAUACCCUGUAUUUCCGAAGGCCUCUCAACCCUUGUGAGGGUUGUAAGAUCUGAGAACGCCGUGGUUUCAGAUCAUUAAAUCAUUGCUUUUGUUGGAAUUCGUAUAUUGUCUGUGGGCUCUUCCAAUUGUUCGGAUUUUUUCAAGCCCGGUAGUGCAGGAUUUGGUGGAGUAUCGAGGGUUUUUGAGGGGCUAUAGAACAGAUCGAUGAUUUUCACUGCUUAAAUCUGCAAUUGGCCUCGACGGAUCAUAAUUAGGAUAUUUUAAUUAGAUAAAUUUGUAGGAAGUGAUCUUUAAAUUGUCCCGGCAGUCAUGGCUGCAGCUAGCGCACCGAUCACCAUGAAGGAGGCGCUGACGUUGCCAAGCCUUGGGAUAAAUCCUCAGUUUAUUACAUUCACUCACGUUACAAUGGAAUCGGACAAGUACAUUUGUGUACGGGAAACUGCUCCUGCAAACAGUGUUGUGAUCAUUGACACGAAUAAUCCUGUGCCUGUGAUGAGGAGACCUAUUACAGCAGAUUCAGCGCUAAUGAAUCCCAACAGUAGAAUUCUCGCAUUGAAAGCUCAAAUACCAGGCACCACUCAGGAUCAUCUACAGAUAUUUAACAUUGAGAUGAAGGCAAAGGUGAAAUCGUUUCAGAUGCCUGAACAGGUUGUCUUUUGGAAAUGGAUCACACCAAAGAUGUUGGGUCUUGUUACACAGAGUUCAGUGUAUCAUUGGUCAUUGGAAGGUGAUUCUGAACCUGUACGAAUGUUUGAGCGAACGGCCAAUUUAACAGGCAACCAGAUAAUAAAUUAUCGAUGUGAUCCCACCGAAAAGUGGCUUGUUUUGAUUGGAAUUGCUCCAGGAGCACCUGAGAGGCCACAACUUGUCAAGGGGAACAUGCAGUUGUUUUCUGUAGAGCAGCAGCGAAGUCAAGCUCUAGAAGCUCAUGCAGCUGCAUUUGCAACAUUUAAGGUUGCAGGCAAUGAAAAUCCUUCCAUCCUUAUUUCCUUCGCUUCUAAAACAAUCACUGGAGGGCAGCUCACUUCAAAGCUACACGUGAUUGAGCUUGGUGCACAGCCAGGUAAGCCAGGGUUCACAAAGAAACAGGCGGAUCUGUUCUUCCCACCAGAUUUUGCAGAUGAUUUUCCAGUAUCCAUGCAGAUAUCACACAAGUACAGUCUGAUAUAUGUCAUUACAAAGCUGGGACUUCUAUUUGUUUAUGAUUUAGAAACAGCAACAGCAGUUUACAGGAAUCGGAUCAGUCCCGAUCCAAUCUUUUUAACAUCUGAAGCAACUGCAGUUGGUGGGUUCUUUGCUGUCAAUCGGAGGGGGCAAGUGUUGCUGGCAACUGUCAAUGAAGCUACAAUUGUAUCUUUUGUUAGUGGACAGCUCAACAAUCUUGAGCUUGCUGUGAAUCUUGCUAAAAGAGGAAACCUUCCUGGGGCUGAAAAUCUGGUUGUCCAGCGAUUCCAAGAGUUGUUUUCUCAGAUGAAGUAUAAAGAAGCGGCAGAACUUGCUGCAGAAUCUCCUCAAGGCAUUCUUCGUACGCCAGACACUGUAGCAAAGUUCCAGAGUGUUCCAGUACAACCAGGGCAAACACCACCUCUUCUGCAGUAUUUUGGUACUCUACUGACAAAGGGAAAGUUAAAUGCUUUUGAGUCUCUUGAACUCUCACGAUUAGUUGUAAACCAGAAUAAAAAGAACCUUUUGGAGAAUUGGCUUGCUGAGGACAAAUUGGAGUGUAGUGAGGAAUUGGGGGAUCUUGUGAAGACCGUGGACAAUGACCUUGCACUAAAAAUUUACAUUAAAGCAAGGGCUACCCCCAAAGUAGUUGCAGCUUUUGCUGAGAGAAGGGAAUUCGACAAAAUACUUAUUUACUCUAAACAGGUUGGGUACACUCCUGAUUACCUGUUCCUCCUCCAGACAAUUUUGCGCUCUGACCCCCAGGGCGCUGUAAAUUUUGCACUGAUGAUGUCUCAAAUGGAAGGUGGUUGUCCAGUUGACUACAAUGUCAUCACAGAUCUCUUUCUUCAGCGUAACAUGAUCCGUGAAGCAACAUCCUUUUUAUUGGAUGUUUUGAAGCCUAAUUUGCCAGAACAUGCACAUCUUCAAACUAAGGUUCUUGAGAUUAAUUUGGUCACUUUCCCCAAUGUAGCUGAUGCUAUCUUGGCAAAUGGAAUUUUCAGUCACUAUGAUCGUCCUCGUAUUGCACAAUUGUGUGAGAAAGCUGGUUUAUAUAUGCGUGCACUUCAGCACUAUACAGAGUUGCCCGAUAUCAAACGUGUCAUUGUCAACACCCAUGCUAUUGAGCCACAGGCUCUCGUUGAGUUCUUUGGGACCCUUUCUAGAGAAUGGGCGUUGGAGUGCAUGAAAGAUCUCCUCCUUGUCAACCUGAGGGGAAAUCUCCAAAUCAUUGUCCAGGCUGCCAAGGAAUAUUCUGAACAAUUGGGUGCAGAUUCAUGCAUCAAGCUCUUUGAACAGUUCAAGUCUUAUGAAGGGCUCUAUUUCUUCUUGGGUGCAUAUUUGAGCUCCAGUGAGGAUCCCGACAUUCACUUCAAAUACAUCGAAGCAGCGGCCAAAACUGGACAAAUCAAGGAGGUGGAACGUGUAACCAGAGAGUCUAACUUCUAUGAUGCUGAAAAGACAAAGAACUUUCUUAUGGAAGCAAGACUUCCAGAUGCUCGUCCACUGAUAAAUGUUUGUGAUCGGUUUGGAUUUGUACCAGAUCUUACCCAUUACUUAUAUUCAAACAAUAUGCUGCGAUAUAUUGAAGGCUAUGUCCAAAAGGUAAAUCCAAGCAAUGCUCCUUUAGUUGUUGGUCAGCUGCUUGAUGAUGAUUGUCCGGAGGACUUCAUCAAAGGUCUUAUUCUGUCUGUUCGUUCUCUCCUUCCUGUUGAACCACUUGUCGAAGAAUGCGAGAAAAGGAACCGGCUUCGAUUGCUGACACAAUUUUUAGAACAUCUUGUGAGCGAAGGAAGUCAGGAUGUGCAUGUACACAAUGCAUUGGGUAAAAUCAUCAUUGAUACAAAUAAUAAUCCAGAGCACUUCCUCACUACAAAUCCCUACUAUGAUUCUCGGGUGGUGGGUAAAUACUGUGAGAAAAGGGAUCCAACUCUGGCAGUUGUUGCAUAUAGGCGGGGGCAAUGUGAUGAAGAGCUUAUUAAUGUUACCAAUAAAAAUUCUCUAUUUAAGCUCCAAGCAAGGUAUGUUGUUGAGCGGAUGGAACCUGAACUUUGGGAAAAAGUUCUCAACCCAGAAAAUCCUUUCCGGAGGCAACUUAUUGAUCAAGUUGUAUCAACUGCUUUACCUGAAAGCAAAAAUCCAGAUCAGGUAUCUGCAACAGUGAAAGCAUUUAUGACUGCUGAUCUGCCGCACGAGUUGAUUGAACUUCUAGAGAAGAUUGUUCUACAAAAUUCUGCUUUCAGUGGAAAUCCUAAUCUGCAAAAUCUUCUCAUCCUGACAGCCAUUAAGGCUGAUAAGUCUCGUGUAAUGGACUACAUUAAUAGGUUGGACAACUUUGAUGGCCCUGCAGUUGGGGAAAUUGCUGUUGGAGCAGAAUUAUACGAGGAGGCCUUUGCUAUCUUUAAGAAGUUUAAUCUAAAUGUACAAGCUGUAAAUGUUCUCUUAGACAACAUUCGAAGCAUUGAGCGGGCUGUGGAGUUUGCCUCCCGUGUUGAGGAGGAUGCAGUCUGGAGUCAAGUGGCAAAGGCACAACUCAGGGAGGGAAUGGUCAGUGAUGCUAUUGAAUCAUUCAUUCGUGCUGAUGAUGCUACAGAGUUCCUUGAUGUGAUAAGGGCUGCUGAGCUAGCUAAUGUGUAUCAUGACCUAGUUAAGUAUUUGCUGAUGGUAAGGAAAAAGAUUAAAGAGCCAAAGGUUGACAGUGAGCUUAUCUAUGCAUAUGCUAAGAUUGACAGGCUUGGUGAAAUUGAAGAAUUUAUACUGACACCAAAUGUCGCUAAUCUUCAAAGUGUGGGAGAUCGUCUAUUUGAUGAAGCUCUAUAUGAGGCUGCUAAGAUAAUUUUCACUUUCAUUUCCAACUGGGCAAAACUUGCCAGCACACUUGUCAAACUUGGUCAGUUCCAAGGAGCAGUUGAUGCUGCUCGGAAGGCAAACAGUUCAAAGACAUGGAAGGAAGUAUGUUUUGCUUGUGUUGAUGCCGAGGAGUUUAGAUUGGCCCAAAUCUGUGGUUUGAACAUCAUUAUACAGGUGGAUGACUUGGAAGAGGUCAGUGAUUACUAUCAAAACAGGGGUCGCUUUGAUGAACUCAUAUCUCUGAUGGAAAGUGGUUUGGGGUUGGAGCGUGCACAUAUGGGCAUCUUUACAGAGCUGGGCAUCCUAUAUGCCAGAUAUCGCCCGGACAAGCUGAUGGAACAUAUCAAAUUAUUUUCGACACGGCUCAAUAUACCCAGGGUUAUCCGUGUUUGUGAUGAGCAGCAGCACUGGAAGGAACUUACAUAUUUAUAUAUUCAAGAUGAUGAGUAUGACAAUGCCGCCACUACUAUCAUGAACCAUUCUCCAGAGGCAUGGGAUCAUAUGCAAUUCAAAGAUGUAGUAGUUAAAGUGGCCAAUGUUGAAUUGUACUACAAAGCUGUCCACUUUUAUUUGCAAGAACACCCAGAUCUUAUUAAUGACCUCUUGAAUGUCCUUGCCCUUAAGGUAGACCACACACGAGUAGUUGACAUCAUGCGUAAGGCUGGACAUCUCCGUCUUGUGAAGCCAUACAUGGUUGCAGUACAGAGCAAUAAUGUAGCUGCUGUUAAUGAGGCAUUGAAUGAAAUUUAUGUAGAAGAGGAAGAUUAUGAUAGGCUUCGAGAAUCUAUAGAUAUGCAUGAUAACUUUGAUCAGAUAGGGCUUGCUCAGAGGGUUGAGAAACAUGAACUUCUUGAAUUCCGCCGUAUUGCUGCUUUCAUUUACAAGAAAGCAGGAAGAUGGAGGCAGUCUGUUGCAUUGUCUAAAAAGGAUAAUCUUUACAAAGAUGCAAUGGAAACUAGUUCUCAAUCGGGUGAUCGUGAACUUGCAGAGGAAUUGCUGGUGUAUUUUGUGGAACAGGGCAAGAAAGAAUGCUUUGCUUCGUGCUUGUUCAUAUGCUAUGACUUGAUCAGACCAGAUGUGGCUUUGGAACUUGCCUGGAUGAAUAAUAUGAUUGACUUUGUGUUUCCAUACCUACUUCAGUUCAUUCGAGAAUACACAACAAAAGUUGAUGAGCUUGUUAAGGACAAGUUAGAGGCUGCCCAAGAAGAGAAAUCCAAGGAGAAAGAAGAGAAAGAUCUUGUUGCCCAACAGAAUAUGUAUGCUCAGCUUCUUCCCCUUGCUUUGCCAGCACCUCCAAUGCCUGGCAUGGGAGUGGGCAUGGGAGGUGGCUUUCAGCCAGGUAUGGGUGGAAUGGGAAUGCCUCCUAUGCCAGCGUAUGGUAUGCCACCUAUGGGUGGCUAUUGAAGGUAUUGAAGAACUUAACGUGGGACACACAAUUCUUCAAGCAUACAUGGUUUUUUGAGGCUUGUAUUCAAUAUUAGCAAGAGCAAUGCCGGCUUUGUUCUUUCCAGAUGUGAUAGUUUGGCAGAGCAUUUUGUGAAAUUGUAGGAACUCAUGUUCAGUAUGAUUUUGUAGAUUGGGCUGAUUAGGAGAGGGCAAAUUUUUUGCUUUGGCCUGAUAUGGGUCAUUUUCUGAAUAGCAUUUUUGGUUUUAUUUUCUUGUUGGUAUUAAUUCUUUAAUUGACAUUAUUCUUUGGUGCAGAUGUAAACUUGAGUGUGCAACCAUUGUUUACUUGUCUCA